AUGAUGGAGAGGAUAAGAAAGGAAAUGAUUCUGAUGGAAAGGGGACUACACAGUCCAGUGGCAGGCAAGAGACACUCCAACCUUUCUGAGUCGGCCGGGAACGCGGUUCUUGAGGCCCUGGAAAAUUCUCAGCACGCAUCGGGUCGCCUCAGCCCGAGAAUAACUUCCGCCUCUCUGCAUGGCAAUCUCGGAGAUAUCCCCAGCAAAGGAAAAUUCGAGAUCGACAGCCUAUUCGGAAGCCAUCACGGCAGCGACAAUACCUCAUCCAUGGAAAUCUCUUCCUCUGAAAGCAGGAAGAAAAUGAAUCACUAUCCCGAAGUUUCUCCAGACUCCGACAUGAACAGCGAUGUGGAGGUGGGCUGCCCGUCUCACCGUUCGCCGGGAAGCGUCAGCCAGCAGAAAGAAAACAACAGCAAAGGUUACUCGGACAGUAAUUCAGGAACCUCGAACAGUUUAUCGUCUCUCUCCAAUCUUAAUGGUAAUUCCAUCGGUAACUCCAGCAGCUCGAGCGCGGACCAGGUGAGAAGGUAUCGGACUGCCUUUACCCGAGAACAAAUUGGAAGACUGGAGAAAGAAUUUUACAGGGAAAACUACGUUUCAAGGCCCAGGAGAUGUGAACUGGCCGCGGCGCUAAACCUACCCGAAACCACAAUAAAGGUGUGGUUUCAAAAUCGGCGAAUGAAGGACAAGCGGCAGCGCCUAGCCAUGUCCUGGCCACAUCCCGCCGAUCCCAGCUUCUACACCUAUAUGAUGACGCAUGCAGCCGCCACUGGAAGUCUGCCAUACCCUUUCCAUUCCCACAUGCCACUACACUACUACCCCCAUGUAGGUGUCACGGCAGCAGCUGCUGCGGCAGCAGCCUCAGGAGCCGCAUCUUCACCUUUUGCUACCUCUAUUCGUCCCCUCGAUACCUUCCGUGCUCUCUCUCAUCCCUACUCGCGUCCAGAGCUGUUGUGUAGCUUCCGACACCCAGGACUAUACCAGUCACCCCCAGGCCUAAACAGCUCUGCGGCGGCAGCAGCGGCGGCUGCUGCGGCGGCAGCGGCGGUAAGCGCACCGUCGGCCACUGGACCGUGCUCGUGUCUCAGCUGCCACAGCAGUCAGGCGGCCAGCGCACUGGGCUCCAGGAGCGCCGGCUCUGAUUUCACCUGUACGGCGACCGGUCAGAGGUCCGAAAGCGGAUUUUUGCCAUACUCAGCGGCGGUUCUAAGCAAAACUUCGGUUCCCUCACCAGACCAGAGAGAAGAAAGCGCACUCAAUAGAUAG